AUGGCCCAGGUUGCGAAUCUGGCUCUCGACCGGGGCGAUCCUCGGCUUCAUGAGAAGGAGCGUGAAGUUCAGGAUACACUUGUUUCGGCGCAAGCUGUGGGUGUCGCCCUUCGCCCGCAACAUCGCAAGCUCCACGAUCGCAGCGUCACGUUUGAAGAGUACCAUUAUUAUGCCCAACGGACUCGCGCUGAGGAGGACUUGUUGACUGAAAAGGAAACCGGGGUCCUGUCGAUCAUCUUCCCUUCCAAGAAUGAUUCGGGUGUCCAGCCUGAAACCAAGAAUGUGACCCGAGAUGCCUCGACCAUGAAUAUUAGCAGCGUGGAGAAUCGAAGGCUCAUCACCGACGAGGAAUGGAUCAAUGCCUCUCGCGCGCUUCGCACUGCCAGCCGAGGUGCUAUCUUCUAUCUUAUCACAACUGAUAUCCUGGGGCCCUUUGGCUUGCCAUAUGCCUUUGCUACCAUGGGCUGGGGCCCUGGUGUGGCUUUGUACACCGUCUUCGCCAGCCUCGCGGGCUAUUCAGGAUACCUUCUAUGGGAGACAUUCCUUGGGUUGGACUCUUACCAGUUCCCACUUCGCAGUUUCGGAGAUAUGGCCUUCCGUCUGUAUGGACCGUGGAUGCAGCAUCUUUUCAACUUCCUGCAGAGUGUCCAACUUGUGCUGAAUGUUGGCUUGAUUAUCAUCUCCAACGGAGAAGCAUUAUCCCAGGCCGCCCAAUUCAAGCUCUGCUAUAUCAUUUGCUGUCUCAUCUGGGCUCUGGUUGGCUUUGUCCUUGGUCAGGUUCGUACCUUACAAAAGUUUGGAUGGCUAGCAAACGCAGCUGUCUGGUUUAACCUUCUCUGUAUGUUCAUUACCAUGGGUGGCGCUGCCCACACGCCUCCCAACUAUGCGGGCAGAUCCCAGUCUGCUGGGCAUAGUAUCGGCGAUGGCUCAUCUGUCGAGCCUGUGAACGGCGUCUUUCCAUCUGUGAUGACCACUGGAGGUAUCCCUAACACUGGCGACUUUGCUGCCACCGUUAGCGGGGCCAUGCAGGCAGUCUUUGCCUACGGUGGUGCCAUGGUCUUCCCGGAGUUCAUGGCUGAGAUGAAGCGUCCCAAAGACUUCUUGACCGGCAUGUGGGCCGCCCAAGCUUUCAUUUACUUCUGCUACAUGUUCUACGGACUGUUUAUGUACGGUUAUCAGGGGCAGUACUCUAUCAACCCGACAUAUCUUGGCAUCAGUAAAUACAGCAUUCAGACUGCCGGUAACGUCUUCGCUAUGCUCAGUGGAGUCAUUGCAGCUGGUUUGUAUGGCAACAUCGGCCUGAAAGUCCUCUAUAACAACCUUCUUGUCGGUCUGUUCGGUGCUCCUCCUCUGACAAACAACGCCGGAAAGUGGCUAUGGGCACUACUCAUUCCGAUCUACUGGGGCAUUGCCUUCGUCCUGGGUGCCGGUAUUCCGAACUUCUCCGGCCUAACAUCCGUGGUCGCGUCUUUCUGUAUCCUUCACUUUACCUACACGUUCCCUCCCAUGCUCGCCACUCUUUUCUGGAUCCACCGAGCAGCCAUGGACGAUGGAGAAGGGUUUAACCCCAUGACCGGUGCCACAGUGCGACAUGACCACGGCAUCAAGAGACUGGCUCGCGGAUUCGCUUCCCUAGGACCCAAGCGGAUUAUGCUUAGUGUAUUUAACAUAUUCUACUUCUUUGGUGCCUUGGCUCUGGCGGGUCUUGGCGCCUACUCCGCCAUCGUCACUUUGAAGUCUGCUUAUGCGGAGAGCGUGACCACUUCAUUUGUGUGCACGAGCCCAGUGGAUGGUUAG